AUGGAGGAAAAAGAAAACAAUGGUAAAGGCAUGAAAAAAUUCAGCAGACAUUUGAUUCAGGAAGAGCAAUCAUUAAGCUUGAGUAUUGAAGAAAAGGAGGAAGAGCCUUCUGAUGCAGAAGUUGAUAAUUCAAUGUAUGCCAGUCCUUGGCAGUGGAUUCCUCUCUCAAUCCUUACGGCAAUACUUUUUGCAUCCGGAAAUGCAAUGGUAAGCUCAUUAGCAAAGUUCACAUACUUGACAAGAGUAAUUCAAGGACCAGGAAGUGUUUUAUGAUGUGGUGUUCUUCUCACAAUGGUCUCAAUAUUUGAUCAUCGUAGAGGAAAGCCUAAUUGGUUUAAAAGGCUGUAUUUCGAGCAUCCUCAUCACAGUUUAAAGAACCAAGGGAUUAGAUAUCCAAGAGUUGCUCUAACAGUGGGCUGUGUGAUUGUUCUUGCCAUUCAAUUUUAUGCAUUUGUUAUGAGUUAUUACUAUGCAAACAAAGCUGGAAUAAACAAUGGGAUUAUCAUGGCAAUAUACACUACCAAGCCAAUAUUUAAUGCUUUUGCAUUCAGAUUCUUAUACCAUCAAAAAUUAAGAUAUUUUGAAAUUAUUGGGAUUUUAUUGUGCACAGUUUCUAUCAUUCUUAUUGGUCUUUCACAAAAAUCAGAUAAUGAAGGACACAAGAGAUUCUAUAUGUUUCUCUCUAUGGGGCUUAUGGUAAUAUCUGCUUUCUUAGAAGCUCUAAUUGCUAUCGUAGCAAAGUAUUUCCUUGCUUUUAAAGACAACAAAGUAAAUGUGUCUUCUUUUUACGCUUUCUUUAUUGGGAUACUUGACAGUAUUGGCUCUAUCAUCUUUAUUGUUCUUUUGAGUACAGGAUUAGAUAUAACUUGGAAGGAGAUCGGCCUUGCCCAAGUAUCGAGCAUUCUAUAUUCAUUAGGCCAGUUCAUAAUGGCCUUUGCCAUCCUAAAAGGCAAAGCUGGAACGGCAAGUGCUCUGGUAGAAACUGUAGGAGUGUAUCAAACUAUUAUUGAAGCAAUAGCUUACUCAAGGUUUCCAAAUAUCUGGCAGAUUUUUGGGAUGGCAUGAGCAUUUUCAGCAUCUAUCAUUAUAGUUCUUGGAUAUCAUUUCUCAAGAAGAUAA